GCUAUUCCGCGAAACCGAACUUUAGUGAGUAGCACCAGUGGUAAAUUUGGUUACUGUUAGUAAUCACUGGAUAGUUAAAUUUCAUUGAUUUAUUUUCUAUAUAGUUAAUCCAUUGAAAAAUAAACAAUUAUCGUAUCUGUUUAAAGAAAAUAUCUAUAUUGGUAUACUAUUGAUAACUUCCAUGUUUUUCUAUCAAAUUCUAUGCUCUACGUGUGUGUAUGUACGAAUUUAGUACCUUGCAUCUGUAUGCAUGCAAACAUAUUUCGAGCAUUCGAUAAAAGCCUUUUGUUUACCAAUUACUCCGUCAACUGAGGAAAUUAUAAUGAGUGACGAUGAUCGAGAGAUCGACAUUGAGAGCGAUGAAGGUGACGACUCCGACUCUAGACAGAGGCAUUCAAAUAAUACCCAAUAUUUUUCUCAAGCAGAAAAACGUGCACAUCAUAAUGCAUUGGAACGUAAGCGUAGAGAUCAUAUUAAGGAUAGUUUCUCAAGUCUUAGGGAUUCUGUGCCAGCACUACAAGGUGAAAAAGUUGCAAGUAGAGCGCAAAUACUUAAAAAAGCUGCAGAGUAUAUACAAUUCAUGCGCCGCAAAAAUUCUUCACACCAGCAAGACAUUGAUGACUUGAAACGUCAAAACAAUCUCUUGGAGUCUCAAAUUCGAGCACUUGAGAAAGCAAAAAUAACAGGCAAUUUUGCAGCAGAAACAUGUGAAGUCACAAAGUCAGAAGUCACAAUGCCAGGGUACAACGACACGGAGUCCGAGUCUUCAGAUAGCGAAGCAAGUAGAACUAUACGUCAAUCAAAAAAACUAAAAGUUGGAGGACUGCAUCAUUGACCAAUAGUUUGAUACAAGUUUUGUUCUCAUAAAAACUUAUUUUCCCUUCACAAGCGAAUUCUAUAUAAAUAUUUAUUCCCAAAAAACAAAAAGACAUUUGUUCGCUGAAAAUGAAAAGGAACAGAAAUCUUUCAGUGAAGUCUUGAAUGUCUUAGAGCCAGUGUACAAAAUGGUACAAAAAGUAAGUAGUGUUUCUGCUUAAUUCAAAGAUUGAUAUGAAACAAAGCACUGUAAACACUUUGGAACAGCAUUUUAAUGUAUUCAGUUUAUAAAUUCAUAGAAAAUUUUGAAUUAUUUUGUUGAUCCGAUAAUCAUUCAACACAAAAUAAUAUUGUAUAAUACUAUUGUCAGAUACUAUUAAUUAUUUUAAAAAUUAGCAAUAGAAUAUAAUCGGUCGGUUAAGUUAGUGUUAAUAGAAAUAUUAAAACUAUUGGUAAAUACUGAAACUUUCAUAUUUUCUUGUAUCAGUUUCAAAUGAUUGUAUUAAUUUUUUAUCAGAUCUAAUUUUUAAUUUAAUAUCUUCAUUUUUUUGUAAUUAUUUGUUUGAUUAUUUAUCUUAGUCGCUGAUUAAUUACAGAUUUAUUACAAAUUCAAAUUCAAAACACAUGCUCAAUUGUAAUCCAAAAAUUUUGACGUUAUUUUAAAGUUUAAAUAAGAGUUUAAUUAUAUUAAUACAGAUUUUAACAUUAUUGUAAGAGUAAUAAAAAUUCUAAAACAGA